GGUCAGGCUUUAUUUUUCAUUUCAACAUUGUUUCACAUGAUAAAGAAGUAUAUGCCGUUUGUUUCAAAUAAGGAGACUCAAGUUGAAACUUUAGCAUGCAUGGACUUGAAGUUUUGAUUAUCUUUUUGCUAUCAUGACAUUUUUUGCUUGGGAAUUCAACAUGGUUUGUUUUUAUGAAUACAUAUCACCAUAGAAGGAGUUGAAGUGUGUGAGGCUUCUUGACGGAGUCUCACUCAAUGAUCAGACUGUGGAAAUGGAAAACUGGGAAUUUUAUUUGGACUAUCUUCUUUCGGGCCAAAUAUGCUAGAGGAGAGAAUAUGGUGCCAGAGGUUUCUGACUCCUUUGUUUGGAGAAGGAUUUGCUCCAUACAUGACACUGCUUCUUAUCUGUGUAAUUCUCCUUGUGAUGGCAUAUACCGGGAGGCAAGUGAGGAUGGAAAUUUCCUUUAGAUCUGCUUUUGAAGGAAUGAGGAAUGGGCUGCCUGCAACUUUUUCUUUUGCUCAUAAUUGACAUCCUAAACAACAAAUGAAAAUAAAACUGUUACAAUGGAAAAUCUUGAAUGGUAUCCUUCCUAUAACUGAUAACCUGGGUAGGUUUCAACAGAUGUUGAAUCUGUCUAUGUGCCCUUUGUGUAAGAGUCAAAGUGACUUUACAGAAUAUCUUUUGUAUUGCUGUGAACAUGUGCAACCAACUUGGAGUUACUUCAUGGGCAUAUUUGGUAUCACUGCUGUGUCCAGCUCAUAUUUCUCAGGACUGUUGCCUUCUUAUCUUUCAUGCUUUCUUUCCUUACUGAUGUGUAUACACAAUGGCGGAAAGUGGUUUUAUGCUUUUUGAUUUUUUUUAUGUCUU